AUUAUUAGGAUAGUUUGUGCAGGAUGUCUGUAAAGAAAUAACUGCUUGAGGCCUUUAUUAACUCACUGUAUUGCCACCAUGUCAUACAGUGACAGACUGGCCUACUUCUUAUACAUCCUCAUAAUUGUCAUCAUACAGCAAUCAGCAUGCCAGCACAUCACAAGCAUGACAGGCGGGAGUGACGGGCAGAACCUCACAGCAACGACAGUGCAGGCAGACGCUGGCAGCAACGUUUCCUUGCUCUGCCAGGGUGCUGGUGAUGCUGUCUACUGGAAAAAAGGAAAACAUAACAUCAGUUCUGAGGACACUCGGCGGAUCGUGUCAGUGGAAGCAGUGGGAUCCGCUGUGCAGAAUGCAGUGGAUGCCACUGAGAGCACAGAGGCUGUGCCAGACACAGUGGCACCAGCUGAGCUACGCACCACUCUGCGUAUCACAAAUGUGUCCCUGCGAGACGCAGGACACUACCACUGCGUCUACGUGGUGGACGUUGACGGGGAGACUGCUGCCGCUGAGAAGGCGCUGCAGCUCAGUGUUGUCUCGGCGCCGAUGCUGCGGCUGGCGAGCAACAGCAGCUCUGCGGUGGCGGGCGCCGCCGCAGAGCUGUCGUGCACCUUCGAGGCCAGCCCGCCACCCACCGUCCUGUGGACCCGCCACAACGCCACCCUCCUCCCCGACCACAGGCUGAGCGUGACGUCCAGCAGCGAAGGUUUCCUGUUCCUGUCCAAGCUGUCACUGCUCAAUGCCAGCACCGCGGACAGCGGCACCUACGAGUGCACCGCCACCAGCCCUGCUGGCACUGCUACUGGCACCUCCCUGCUGCUGGUACACG